GAUUCUCAGUAGGGCCUUGCCUCUGCUCUGGCGUGUUGUAGUGUGAUUUUCAGUCCCACCCCAGAGUUGUAGCCUUUACAUUACUGUAUAAAACAAUGGCAGACGAAGAAUUAGAUGCGAUAAGGCGGCAGAGAAUGGCGGAGCUACAAGCUAAACACGGGGAUUCUUCAAAUAAUCAGCAAGGAGAAGAAGCCAAACAAAAAGAAACAGAAAUGAGAAACUCGAUAUUGGCUCAAGUUCUAGACCAGUCUGCUCGUGCAAGAUUGAGCAAUCUUGCGUUGGUGAAGCCAGAGAAGGCCAAAGCAGUGGAGAACUACCUUAUUCAAAUGGCUCGUUUUGGACAGUUAGGAGGGAAGAUUACAGAGUCGGGAUUGAUYGAGAUCCUAGAAAAAGUCAGUCAGCAAACAGAGAAGAAGACCACUGUCAAAUUCAACAGACUGAAGGUGAUGGACUCAGAUGAGGAGGACGAUUUCUAAGUUUAUACAAAAGUCCAGGAAUGAGCCAAAAGUUCAGGAGUAGAUAUCCAUUGUUGGGACGCUGACAGGAUCUAUGACUUGUGUCUUCUUGUCAAAUUCCUGAGAUGCCACACAACCUACGUUCGGAACGGCGGAACGGACACACCAAGACAAAAGAAAAAGGACAUUUGGUUAAUAUUUUGGCAUCUGGUUGGUGAUAGAAAACACAGUGUUCAAACAGGUUUCUUUUCUUUUUUCUUGUUCUUUUUUUUUUUUUU